GUCAGUCAUUGUGGGCAGCUAGCUUGCAGUGCGGCUGAAGUGUUGUCGGUAACAAACAGCAGCGUUCCGCCGCCGGGGGACAUCAAUGGUGGAGUACGCGUUCAUUGAGGGCCAGGUCUGAGGGAGACCUUUACUGGGGCUUGUACAUGGAGAGCUGAGGCCGAGCAUGAGUUUAACCUCCUCAAUGAUGUACAUAUCCCCAGCCCUGCUAGUCAUUCUCUUCGGAUAUAUUGGGUUUUCGGAAUCUGCCCCUCGCAUCAGUCCCAGCGAUGCGUCGCCUGUCUCCAGCAGGAAGCCCGGCUCAGCCUCCGACACCUGGGACACCUUCCUCCCCGGCGAGCCUCUCAGCGCCACAUCGCAGAGCGGCUCCCUGCCCGCUCCUCCGGCCGGGAUCGCACCCGAGCCGACAGCCCCCGCCGUCCCCGGCUCCCGAACGGCGACCACCUUCCAGCCUCCGACCACGGACCCCACGACCACCACCAUUCGCACCACCGAUGCUGGAAGAACCCCCUUCAGCCAGGAACACAUUACGGCGCCGAGUUCCCGGCUGAGCGGGGCGCGCAAACGCUCCGCCGACGCGCAGACGCCACUUUUCAGCGCGGAGAAAAUGCUGCAGACCAUGGUGUCCAUGGUUUCCCAGCGCACCACCAACGACGCCUGGCCCGCAGACAGCGCCGAUGCGUUGGUUACCUCCGUGGAGAACAGUGAAGAGGGGGGGUGUAACUGCAGCAGCGGCAGUGAAGGGAUCCUGGAUCCGGACAAAUGCAACCAGAGCAGCGGUCAGUGUUCCUGCCUGCUGGGCUACACGGGCCUCCAGUGUGACGAGUGUGAGGAGGAGUACUUCACCAACGGCACCAGUGGCUGUCUGCCCUGCUCCUGCGACUCCUUUGGUGCUGUAGACCUCAACUGUGACAGCUCAGGGACCUGCGUGUGUAAGACAGGGGUGUCGGGAUCCAAGUGUGAUGACUGCCACCCAGGUUUCUUCCACUUCAGCAACACCGGUUGUCGGCCAUGCCAGUGCAACAACCACACCAACUACUGCCACCCACAGUCUGGAGUGUGCGUGAACUGUACGGGGAACACCCAAGGGUUAAACUGUGAUGAGUGUAAGCCUGGUUUCUACCGCAGCCCUGGUGCCGCCCUGACCGAAGCCUGUGCACCGUGCCCCUGCUCCAACUCCACCUCCACCGGCACCUGUCUCACCGGUCCCAGUGGCUCUCCUGUGUGUGACCAGUGCCUUUCCCACUACAGCGGCCCACACUGUGACCAGUGCAGUCCUGGCUUCUACAACGCAUCUGGCUCUGGGGACUGCGUACCAUGCGACUGCAGCGGUAACGCAGACCCUCAUGGCCCUGCUCAGCUCUGUGACCCUAAAACCGGCAGCUGCCUCAGCUGCAUCAACAACACGUCCGGGUCCCGGUGCCAGGAGUGUGCCCCUGGGUUCGUAGGGGAUGCCAGAGCACAUAACUGCACCCGUCUAAACCCCCGAUUGAUACCAGCACCAGCAGAGGUCACGGCCAAGACCCCCACGUCCAGUGGCUCUUCCCCGACGUCAUCUUUCACCAGCACCACUUUGACCUCCACAGCAACCAAAGGCGGACCAAUCCAGAGAUCCAACAAUAAAGGGGACACCGCCUUGAGUAGUACCACCACCCAGGCCCUGCUGACCAGCCUGAGCAGUCCCACUGACAACACCACAGCAGCCCUGAAGGAGGUCUCAUGGACGCAGUUCAACGUCAUCAUCCUGGCUGUCAUCAUUCUGGUGGUGCUGCUGCUGCUGGGCUUUGUGGGAGGCGUGUACACCUACCGGGAGUAUCAGAACCGCAAGCUCAACGCCCCGUUCUGGACCAUCGAGCUAAAGGAGGACAACAUCAGCUUCAGCAGCUACCACGACAGCAUCCCCAACGCAGACGUGUCCGGCCUACUGGAGGACGAGGCCACUGAGGUGGCGCCCAACGGCCAGCUGGCCCUCACCACACAGGCAAACAACUACAAGGCUUAACGGCCCAUUCACUCCCAAAUCAGACUACUAGAUCUACAGACGACAUAAAGCUGCUGGAACAUACCAAAUCUAAAGCUCCCCAUCGCGUGACUGCUUGUUGUUACCCUGCUUCUCUGCAGAAAUCACAGCUCUUGGCAAACUGACGGAAAAUCCAAACGUCGGUGUCAGAGAUGCUGUCAGAAAAAUGGACACAAAGUUUAAACCUGAAACAUGGCCGUUUUUGUUAUAUUCUGAUUGUGAAAUGGAUGAUCAGUAAAAAGGGUUCCAAAAAGAAUAUGGUUUAUUAAGAUUCACGCCUGCAGAGGGCGCUGCUGUACUGUAAAUUGGACUAGGGUGAGACAGGUGCAAAAUUAUCCCUGAAACCAGUAAGAGGACUUAUGGGAGCCUAGCAUUUCAUAUUUCUUUUUUUUUUUUUUUAUGGACUCUGGACAGUUAAAGUUAAACUCAGAUCACUCCUCGGGUGAUCCUAAACUGAGACAAUGAUUGUUAUUUUCAUGAAUUAUUUAUUUAUUGACCCGUGGGAGAAAAUGCUGCACAUUUCGGACGUGUUUCUUCAUGGUGUUUUUAUCUGGCGUGCUGUUGAACGACGUUUUUUUUCACCCGGCCAGUCUGUUUCCAUGUAUAGAUCGUGUGCUCUUGGAGAGUCCGAGUGGAUCGACCUCACCUUUUGUUUAUAGCUUUCCGUCUUUUAAAGUGUGUCAGCCCGCUCUGAGUGUGUGAGAGGAGUGUUACCCUUAAAGAAACAACCGCCACCUUUUCUAUAAACGCCCCGUGUUGCGCCGCUGCAGGGGAAGUGACACAUCUUGGGCUUGCGUAAAACGCCGUAACAUUCUAAUCUAAUCUGCUCCCCGCUGCCUACCUCGGCAAAAGUUGGACAAACCUUCAAAUAAGUGGCUCACGGUUAUGCGAAGGGUGGGGGAGUGUGACUCAGCUGAUAAGGCCGUCCGCUGUGUGAAAAUAACAGGACUCCAGUGUUGAUUCUGUUGUCAUGGAGCACGCUGCUUCCUUAGACCACUUCCAGCCAUGUUGCAUCAGCAGGAGCGGCGAGCUGGGAAAUCAGUGCGGCCACCACAUGGAUCUCAUGGAUCUGGUGUCGUUUAGGCUGCCACCGGCCAGAUGCGCUUCUCUUUAUUCUGGCGAAUGAGUAAAGCUCAUGGUGGCAGUAACUCCUCAGGUACCGGCUCUCUCCCUAAUGUGACGACUGUAAAUAGAGCUCUUAAUGUACAGAUGAAUGUGAAUAGUAGCACGGUUAUUGUACAGGUAGGAUACUGUGUGUGCGCGCACUGUCACUCAACAAGCUCUGACCCUCUCUGGGUGUGAUGAUGCUGUCAGCUUUUUCUAUUGUUUUUAUUUCCUACUUAAACCACGUAGACGGCCGGAGGACUGAAAGCGCCCAGAAAUCAGAACUGCAACAAUCCAAGCUGUGUAAAUAAGACCUGAAACUCAAGAGCUCAACUCUCAAAUAAAAAUGGGUUUAACUGUU